GUGAGGGCUGUGCGCCCUGUGAGGGCUGUGCGCCCUGUGAGGGCUGUGCGGGGGUGGCCAUGGGGUGCGCGGCGAGCAGCCCGCUCGCCCGGGCGCUGAACCCGGUGAGGCUCAUCAACCAGGCCAGGGAGGCGAAGGAGGCCAGCCAGACCGGCACCACAAAGGACGCCAAGGAGGACACACCGUACCCGCUGCAUGGCGUCGGUGACAGCGUCAAGGAGCGCGUCGGCGCGGUGGUGGACGGCAUCGAGGAGAAGAUAGGGUCCACGAUCAACACCGUGGGCUCCGCGAUGAACAACGUUUCCUCGACGGUGUCCAAUCAGGUGUCCAACGUGGCGCACCAGAUGGAGUCGACGCUGGGCGGCGUGCUGCACGGCGCCGAGAACGCCCUGCACGGCGGCGCGGACAUGGCCUCGGACAUGGCGUCCAAGAUCGCGGGCGCCGAGACGGCCGUGGAGACCAAGAUCAAGGAGGUGCUGCCCGCGCCAGACGCCGUCGCCUCGGCCGAGAAGGAGCACGAGAAGGAGAUGCAGGACCUCCUUGAUUCGCUGGACGACGUGGCCGACAUGGCCGACGCGAAGAAAGCCGAGGCGGAGAAGCUCGCCAUGUCGAGCGUCGAGGAGGCGGCGGAGGACGCGGAGGCCGCGCUGGAGAAGGCCGAGGAGACGGCGGAGGAAGUCCGAGAAAAAGCCGAGGCCGAAAUCGAAACCGUUCAUGCCUAGAAGAGCUGCUUCAGGACACUGCGUUGAGAUCUCCAAUAUCUCUCUAUGAUCUCAUUGUCACAUUGACACAGAAAUCCAAGUUCCAUGCACAAAAUCUGAACUACCCUUUCUAUUUUUAUCAUUAAUCGUAUUCUACGAUCUAGUUUUUUUUUUCCCGCACACACUGCAUGUCACUAAAGGAAAUUGAAUUUCAUAUCCUUCAAUCUAGCUAAGCACUAAGCAGGUUACAUGUUCUUUUUUUGUUAACCAAUUUAUAAACAUUUUUAUAAAAAUACAGGCAUUUAUUGCUUUCUACAUUCUACCCCAAUCACAUCUAAAACACC